AUGAUAAGGAGAUCAACUAUGAACUUUACUGGUAGCCCUAAUACCACCCUAACAAGAAAAAAUACAAAUAACUUUAGUAAUAGUUUAAAUAAUAAUAUGUACAAUAGCAACAUGAAUAAUAAUAAUAAUAAUAAUAACAAUAAUAAUAACAACAAUAAUAAUUACUAUUCAAAUAGUAUAAAUAAUAGUAAUAUAAUACACCAGCAAAAUAAUAGUGGUGGUAAUAAUAGCAAUAAUAACAGUGGUGGGAGUAAUAAUAACCAUAAUAACAACCAAAACAAUCAUGGUAACCAGAACAACAAUACAAAUACCCACAGUAAUAACAAUAGGGUAGAUUGGAAAUUUUUAAAAAAUAUAGAUAUCGAUGCCAUUGUUAAAAACAACGAUAUUGAAGCAUUACAACAAGUUAUACAAUUAAUAAUAGAAAUUACCGUUUUAAGUAUCGAAAAUGACCCAAAGUUUAUUAAUCUAGACCCCGCAAUGCUAAAGCUUAUAAGACUUUCACAACUUUCAAUUCAAUAUCUUGUAGAUAUGAGUGAUAGUUACGAAGAAGACCUAAAGACAGCCAAUGAAACCAUCAUAUCUUGUAAUAAUCAAAUAGAUCAACUUAAGACCAAAAUACAACUUCAAAACGAUGAAAUCGCAUUUAUAAAUAGAGAAAGAAUUUUUGAACUAUCAAUGAAGGCUGAAAAAAUUCAAUAUCAACAACAACAACAAAAUUCAAAUUUUUUAAAUUUAACACCAUCAACAAUUUAUCAAAAUAAUUUUAAUAAAUUUAAUCAAAAUAAUAAUAUAAACAAUAUGAAUAACAAUAUAAACAAUAGCAGCAAUAAUAACAAUAAUAGUAAUAAUAAUAUUAACAUUAAUAAUGGUAAAAAUAAAAACAAUAUUAAUAGGUCUGAUAACAAUAUUAAUAAAUCUGUAAAUAACAAUAAUAAUAAUAAUAAUAAUAAUAACAAUAACAAUAAUACACAAAAUUAUAACAAUAGCUAUCAUCAAACACAAGAGCAAUUAUUAAAUAUUGAACAACAAAAAAAACUUAUUGAAGAUAAUAAUAAUUUAAAUGAUAGAAUGAAUAAAUUUGAAGAUUUACUAGAAAUUAUUCAAAAUGAUUUUAUAUCUUAUAAGGAAGAGUUAGCUGUUAAAGAAGAGUCUAGAUCCAAACAAUAUGAAAGAGAAAGAAAAAAAACAAGUUUAUUAAAUAAGAAAUUUGAAGGACAAAAGGAAAGAAUUGAAAGAUUAGAAGAGUUUAUUCAAACAAAUUUCGCUCCAUAUGAAUACAACGACCAAGUUGAUGAACAAGGAAUUGUAAAUGAAAAUAACCCUUAUGUAGUCCAACAAAUGCAAAAUUUUCAAAACUAUCAACAACAACAACAACAAAUUUAUGAACAACAGCAACAACAGCAACUAUAUGAACAACAACAAUUAUAUGAACAACAACAACAGCAACAGCAACAGCAACUAUUUGAACAACAACAACAACAACAACAACAGCAGCAGCAAUUAUUUGAUCAACAGCAACAGCAACAAAUAUACGACCAACAGCAACAACAACAACAACAACUACGUGAACAGCUCCGUGAACAACAACUUUUACAACAGUUAAAAAACUCACCAAAAAAACAAGAUUUAAAUCAAAAAAAAGGAGGUAGCGAAAAAAGUGAACAAUUAAAAAUUCAAGAAAAACAAUUUGAAAUGGAAAUUGAAAGAGAACAACAAGCUAGAGAACAACAAUUAAAAGAAAAACGUGAAAAAGAAUUACAAAAAUCUAGGGAAAAAGAACAACAACAAAUAUUAAAUUCCUCGGCUGGUAGUCAACCAUCACCAAGUCAAACUAGACAACAAACUCCAAAAAACCACACACCUUCUCCAUAUCAACCAAAACAAUCACCUCAAAAAAUCCAACAACAACAAAUUCAGCAACAAAUCCAACAAGAAAUUCACAAACAACUAACCCUAUCGCAACAACUUCAAAAACAAAAAGAACAAGAUAAUAUUGAACAAUUAGAAAAAAAAGUACAACAAGUUUUAAAUGAUGAAAAUAAAAUAGAAAAUGAUAAUGACCAUGAAAAUGAAAGCGAAGUUGAUGAAAAUGACUUAAAACAAAAACAAGAAACUGAAAAUGAAAACAACAAAACCCAAGAUGAAAAUAAAUAUCAAUUUAACCCAAAUAGACCAAAACAAUAUUUAACAUUAAAUAGUAGGCCAUAUAAGCUACCAUCAUUCACAGUUCAACACUCCAAAGGAUCGAUUAACGAUGAAAGAGAACAAAUUGCAAAUCGUAUAAAUGAAAGGCUAACUGAACAGGGUAUAUCUAUUUCAGAGGGAAUAACAAAGAAAGAUUUAAUUCAGUUUUUAAAUCAAUUAGAAAUUGAAAGAAAAGAUGAUAGUAACUUUGAAGAACAAAAAGAUCAAAGAGACCAUUUAGAAUUUUAUAUUAACCAAAUUUUAGCAUCACAAAUGGCAAGUGAUAUACAACCAAUAAAACAACAACCAAAUAACAAUCUUAAUUUGAAUAAUAAUUUAAAUAACCAAAAUAACAAUCAAAAUCAAAAUCAAAAUCAAAAUCAAAACAAUAAUAAUGAAAUAGGUACCUUUUCAUCACCAUCAACAGUGUCAUCAGGUAGUAUUUCACCUAGUCCACAAAAAAACAAUUUUAAAUCACAUAAAACGGCACAAGAUCGUAAUAUAGCAUUAAUACUUCAAGAAAAUAAAAACAAUAAUAAUAUCACCAAUAGCUCUUCAAAUGCAAGUUUUGAUCUUUCAAGCGAUGAAGAAACAUUUAAUACCAACAAAAAUAAAAAAAAACUAGAAAAAAAAAAACUAUCAGCUUAUGAAGAAGAAGAGGAGGAAGGUAUAAUAGACUACGAUGAGGAUUAUUUGCACCAAGAAGAAGAAUAUGUCGAAGAAUAA